AGAAAACAAAGACUUUCCAUACUUCACAUUAUUUCAUCUACUUCUCACAUGACCCUUGUUUAAACUAACCCAUUAGUUCUUAUUAUAAUACACUCACAUUAUUUUACUUCCCAUAUCAUUUUUUCAUUUUCUUCCUCUUUAAUUCCUCCUUCAAUGUAUCCAUUUUCUCCCUUUUCUUUUUUUCUCAAAACAAAUUAAAAAAAAAAAAAUACAUUCAUCCAUCCAUCAAUGGCAUCAUUUCAAAAAUCAAAAUCAGUUACAUUCACCAUUGAUGGAACUAAAAUAUCUUCCCAAGAAAAAUACCCAAGACAUGAUCAAUCAAUCACAUCAUCAUCAUCAUCAUCAUCAUCAUCAUCAUCGAUAUCAAUGACAACAUCGUUAUCAUUAUUACCCACACGAGUGUUAUCGAGGGUUUUCUCAGAAGAUUAUGGAAAAGCGAAGAAAAAAAUAUAUGAUCCUAGAGGAAAAUCUAUAAAUAGAUGGAAUAAAAUAUUUUUAAUAGCAUGUUUAUUAUCAUUAUUUGUAGACCCACUUUUCUUUUUCUUACCAGCAGUAAAAUCUGAGAUUAUGUGUAUAGAAAUUGAGCUUCAUUUGGAGAUUAUAUUAACUGUAAUUAGAUCAUUAGCAGAUGUUUUUUAUAUUGUGCAGAUUUAUUAUAAGUUUCGUACGGCUUAUAUUGCACCAUCUUCUCGAGUUUUCGGAAGGGGGGAACUUGUAGUCAAUCCUAAUAAGAUCGCUAUUCGAUAUUUUAUGAGUAGCUUUUUCAUUGACUUUCUUUCUGCUCUGCCUCUUCCUCAGGUGUUGAUAUGGGGAGUAAUUCCAAAUUUAGAAGGAUCAAUGAUGAUGAACACAAAAAAUGUAUUGAGAUUUAUUCUAAUAUUUCAAUACAUCCCAAGAUUAUUUUUAAUAUUUCCUUUGUCAUCCCAAAUUGUAAAGACUACUGGAGUGGUUACUGAGACUGCUUGGGCUGGUGCAGCUUACAAUCUCAUGCUCUUCAUCAUGGCAAGCCAUGUUUUAGGAGCUUGUUGGUACCUUUUAUCAAUCGAACGACAAGAAGCAUGUUGGAAGCACACCUGCAGCCUAGAGAGUCAGACAUGUCAAUACAACUUCUUUGAUUGUAAGAGAGUUAAGGAUGCAGGAAGAGAUAGCUGGUUUAAAAACAGCAAUAUCACAGAAUUAUGUAAUCCUAACCUAAGCAAUUAUCCUUUUGGUAUUUAUGGAGAGGCUGUGUCUUCUAUCAUUACUUCCUCACCCUUCUUCAACAAAUACUUCUAUUGCCUUUGGUGGGGUCUCAAAAAUUUGAGUUCUCUUGGGCAGGGUCUUUUAGCAAGCACCCAUGUCGGGGAAAUAGUUUUCGCAAUUAUUGUGGCCACCCUCGGACUGGUUUUGUUUGCGCUCCUCAUCGGAAACAUGCAGACAUAUUUGCAAUCAACGACAGUUCGACUAGAAGAAUGGAGGAUCAGGAGAACUGAUACAGAACAAUGGAUGCAUCACAGGCAGUUACCUCCAGAACUGAAACAGUCUGUUAGGAGAUACGAUCAGUACAAAUGGGUGGCUACGCGAGGAGUGGAUGAGGAAAGUCUACUAAAAGGGCUUCCUAUGGAUCUGCGUAGGGAUAUCAAACGUCAUCUUUGUCUUGAUUUAGUCCGAAGGGUUCCGUUAUUUGAUCAAAUGGAAGAGAGGAUGUUAGACGCGAUAUGUGAGAGGCUAAAGCCAGCAUUAUGCACAGAAGGAACGUUCCUAGUAAGGGAAGGAGACCCGGUAAAUGAGAUGUUGUUCAUAAUCCGAGGGGUGUUAGAUUCGUACACGACAAAUGGUGGUCGAACAGGGUUCUUCAAUUCGUGCAAGAUAGGGGCAGGGGAUUUUUGUGGGGAGGAGCUUCUUACGUGGGCUCUUGAUCCUCGACCUUGUGUAAUCCUUCCUUCAUCGACUCGUACAGUUAAGGCCAUCUCGGAAGUGGAAGCCUUUGCUCUUAAAGCCGAUGACUUAAAAUUUGUGGCUGCACAGUUCAGGAAGCUGCACAGCAAGCAACUCAGACACAAAUUUCGAUUCUACUCGCAUCAUUGGAGACUCUGGGCUGCUUGUUUUAUACAGGCAGCAUGGCGCAGACACAUAAGACGUAGGAAUUCUAUCGAAACUAAACCCCAGGAACUCAUUUUCAUGUCCGAAUCUCAUCCACAACACUUAGAUAGCGCAGAUUAUGAUGUCGUUGGAUCGACACACAUACAAUCAAUGUAUGUUAAGAAACUAGCAACUAGUAAACGCAAGCCUGCUAACAAACUUUCGACUUUAGAUUCGAGUAUUGCUUCAUUGCAAAAGCCAGCGGAACCCGAUUUUUCUGUUGAUGAGGACUAAUUAUAUAUGUUCAUUCUUCUUCUCCAUACCCCAAAUAUACACUCCCUUUGAUACAUUAAAAGAUCUCCGAAUAUUUCGUGAAAUUAAUCUAAUUGUUAUUUGUGUAAUUUGCAUUGAAAUCGUAACAUAAUUCUAUUUUAGAUAACCAAUUUAAUAUUUAAAUAUAGCAAGUUAAUUAAAACUUGUGAUUACAAACUUGAAACUACAAGGAAAUUUUGAAAUUUUCCAAUAAUUUUUGGAGAAUUCUAGGAGUUUCAAGUGUUGCUAUUUAAAAAAAUGGUUGAAGAACAAAUAUUAUUUUUCAGGUCAUAAGUUUCAUUUGUACAUUUUAUAAGAAAAAUAUAAAAUUCUUUCUAUCAUACUUAUGACUGAGAGUAAUAUUUUUUUACACAAUAUAUAACAAUCAGACUAGAGUACAUUAAAAUCAAAAAGUAAAUAAAUAAAAUAUGGACUGGCAAUUAGCUGUAAUUUUAAUGAAAGGGGGUGAUGGGGAUGGACAGAGUUCACAGGUAGUCGGCUGACUUAGCUGUAGAUGUCUACUUCCUAAGCUUGGCUAAUUAAUGAGAUGCAUUGAAACUCUAGUUUAUUUUAUAAGCCAACUUAUACUUCAUUUAAUGUAACAUCUUUAUUGGUCGGCUAUUACUCACACGACUAGAAUUAAAUCUAAAGGUGUUUAUUCGGAUUAUUGGGUU